UAUAGUAAUCUACUGUAUGUAGGAGAAACUACAUGUACUGUACCUGUGUAUGUACUGUACAUACAGUACAAAGCGUCCUUCCAUAGGCAUCCAGGUAGGAUGUACUUAGCUCUCCAUACCCAAGGAGUAUGUUGUCAAGGCACAUCAAAAGUUAUCACGGUCCUAGGACUCGACUCAUCCUUGUACUGUACUACUCUAACUACAAAACACGGAACAGAUAAUAAGAAUUAUUACCUCAAUAGCUACGAAUACACCCCUCCUCUCUCUCUCUCGGAGAGAGAGAUAGAUAUAUAUACCCAAGAUACGUAUUUCCAGACAGAUUGA